AUGGAAUAUGGGAUCUGGAGUCUUCACGUCGCGGGUGAACUUUGGGGUGACCCGCGUCUCGCCCGAAGGCAUCCGAUUCUGCCUUCCGGCGCGACGCAGAUCCUGCCAAGGGCCGCGUUCGCCCUGAGCGCCCUGCACCGGCCCGACAUGCUGCCGCUGCCGCUGACGGCGGCGGGGCCACCCUACGUCCCGAUGGAGCUGGUCACGAAACCAGCCUCGAUCGCGUCCACCAAUGCCGAGGACGCCGAGGACGCGGAGAAGAGCACGAACGGCGAAGAUGAAGACCCUCCGCAGCGCGACGACAACGAAGGUAACAUCGAAAAAGCCGAUCAAAAUGAAAACCAGACUUGCGUGCCAAACGAAAGCAAUGACAACGAAGAUGCCGGUGACGAGAGCGAUACCGGUAGCACCAACAGUUCACAUCGAUCGGCAAACAACAAUCUAUCAAUCGCGAAGCUUCCCGAUCCGAUGGCAUGCUUGGCCCUCGACAAGGAAGGAACUCCUGUUCUGAACGGCUGGGUACUGGGUGCUUACACAGCGAUGCUGGGCAGACUGUCUGCCGCCACUGCGGCAUUAGAAGCGACGGAAGUUCCCAAUAUUCCCUCCGACAGUGAUUCCGAGAGCGAGCACUCAUCCUACACUGAAAAAUCGAGAGGCAGCAGUCCGAACGUGAGCAGCGUUCAUCGCGGCUACUCGUGCGGCUCCUGCGAUGUGGUGGCACCGACGAGACCGGCUUUGAGAAAGCACAUAGCCGAUUGUCAUCCCGCUCUGUCCGGCACGGAGACCGGGGAGACCAAGAGGUGUCCGUCCACGGGCUGUGACUUCACGACGAGCAGCAGGUGCGAGAUGGAGACCCACGUGGCGGCGCAUGUGGCCCAGGGAAUGACGCCUACAGGGAAGAAACGCUCGCUGGCCUUGCAACGCGUCAGGUAUAGGUACGAGAGGGAGGAAUAUCGGUGCUCGCUAUGCUCGUACGCAUGCACGAUCGAGAAGGCAUUUCAAAGACAUCUGCGAGCGCACGCGAGAGGCACCGCGCCGGAGACUAGGGUGAGUUGCGCCGUCUGCGGUGCCGACCGAUCGUCCGAGGUCGAUCUCAGCAGGCAUAUGCGAAGGCAUCGCGAUGACCGGUACUUUUGCUGCGAUAUCUGCAUCUUCCGCACAGUGCAACUGAAAAAGCUAAUACAACAUCGUCGCAUGCACACGGGCGAGAAGCCGCAUCUGUGCCCGCACUGCGCUUACCGAAGCGCACGUCGUGACAAUCUACGCAGCCACGUACGACGAGUACAUAAAAAGGAGAAUCUUUAUUGCGACACCUUCAGUCCGCGUGGCAUGUUAAUAACUCCCUCGCUGUUGGCCUCCUCGAGGGAUACCACCGAUGUCGACCUGGUACAGAGCCCGGCAUCCUCGCCGUCCUCAAAUCCGGACGUGACCAACUAGCGAAAACGCCCCCGAAGAACGAAGAGAAGAGCAACGGCCCUGAGAGACCUGCGGGAAAAGAAAUCUGGGACUCGCCUGUCCUUUAUACGUCCUCAUUUUGUCAAUACUGCGAUCUAGAUAUAUUAGAAUUUACAGGAAGGCUUGUACAAGUGCUGAACUUGGCGGACAAACGAAGGAGAAUCGCGAUGAGGUGAAAAUUAAAUCCGAGAAAAAUUAAGAAUUAUUCAUAAUUUUACAAAAAAAAAGCAAUUUAAGAGGUAAACUAGAAGCAGAGAGUUAAGAUAAUUUACGAAAUUGACAUGAAUAGAGAAAUUAAGUCGAAAGAAAAACUGUUUCCCAAUCCAAGAAAAACGGAUUGUUUUCCAAAUCAGCAUCGGCAAGGCUUCCCCUUUUAGACGUUAGGAAACGUAUAGAUUAUUGCAUGCGAACGUCGAUAAUUUAAUGUAACCUUUGAAUUCUAACGAGAUCUUGUAUUAGCUAUGUAAACGUCCAAGUGUUACAUUAUGUAGCCGAUUCGAUGACGGUCGGUAGACAGCCCGUUCGCAUCGAUCGAUGACGAACGGGAGAAAGCUGCAAAAUGGUGCUAGAAUCGUAGAUUGAUUGGAUCACGGAGAAAGACUGAAAGUAGAAACGAAUUCACGGCGCGACGUGACGUCCAUCUUUUACGCUCUUCCCGCACUGACCGCCGUGACUAAAAAAAAAA